AUGGCUGCCCCGACCUCCCCUAAUACGCUUUCUGCAGACAACCUGUCGGUCCUGCCCCCCAUCCUGACGGAUGCCACAGUGAAACCGUCUCCCAGCGCGAAGGAUCGUCUAUCUACAUACUCCAAUGUUUCCUUCGCAUCCCAAAAUCGUUCGCGCCCGGGCUCUCACGUAUUUCCUAUAUUCCACUCUAGUCUGCCGUACGCUCUCGUGCGAGACUUUGCCUACCCACCAAUUCAUCCACUGCACUACGGUCCACCUCCCCUAGCCUCUGGUGUCUCUACACCAGCAAGCGAAUACCGUCGUCUGUCCGAUCCAGCCACCUCAUGGGACACCUCCCGCGGGCCUUGGGCUGCCGGCCCAUGGAGCAACGAGAGCGGACAGACACAGGGUCCUGAUCCUGGCCCUGGCCCUGGACAUGGCCAUCAGAAAUUGCCGGCUAUGUCCUUUGGCGACGGGCCCCCGUACAGCGAGGAUGAGGAUUUGCAUAGCCCAGUAGUGACUACAUCGCGUCAACGGAAGAAGUCCGUUGGUACAGAUCUGAAUGGUAUGAUGCAUGAAAGCAUCUCAGACCCUGCAGAUCGCGGAAAAUUUAUUAGCAUGAACCCCGAUGGUAGUGAGACAUAUUACGUCAAUGGAGGUGUCUCAAUGGAAGAUGGACCUGGUGGGGAAUACGUCACAUACCCCGCCAACGAAGGGCGUUAUUCACACUACGAUACCAACCAGGGAUAUGCACCUGAUAACGGCUUCGAGACAGAUUAUGGCGGUGACCGAUUUAGCAAUGACUAUGAAUUUGCUGUUGGGUGUCCGGACGAAGAAAUGCACGGCAGAGCUGUUGCCCUCUUCGACUUCACCCGUGAGCAUGAGAACGAGCUGCCUCUCACAGAGGGCCAGGUGGUUUACGUCUCUUACCGACACGGCCACGGCUGGCUGGUUGCUGAAGAUCCAACGACUGGAGAAAAUGGUCUUGUUCCCGAGGAAUUCGUGAGACUGCUUCGCGAUAUCGAAGGAGGGUUGACCUCGUUGAACGGGGAGCUCAUCCCGGACUUGUCAGAAAGCAGCACAUCUGUCGAUAUGACUGAAGAUGAUCGCACCACUACUCCCACUCAGAAUGAUAUGAAGGACACGAAUGGUGACACUCCGAUGACGAACUCCGGCGAAGCAACUGGCGACAAAGCAACCGGCGACACCAGCGACACCAGCGAAACUACUGGUGAUACUGGUGCUCGUUCUAGCAUGAUUUCAAAAACCUGA